AUGUUUUGUGAUAAAAACUGUCAAAGCCUGGGUUGGAAAGACCACAAAUUUGAAUGUAAAGGAAUUAAAUUAAACAAAGGACAAGUCCCGGAUAUUGAAGUUAGACUGCUUGGACGUAUUGUGAGCAGACAUAAAGCUAUCCUUUGUGGAGUAGACAAAAAAGACCCAGAUUUUUACAAAGAUAGACAAUCCAAACGUAAAAUUAUGGAGAUUUGGGCGCAUACUGAGAGGAUUAAAAAUGAUGAAUAUGCAAUGAGGAAAUUUGAAGGUAUUUUUAGGAAAAAUUUUUUUUCAAAAUGUCAAGUACCCAAAAAUAUUUCGAAAUGUCAAAAACUCGAAAAAAUGCUUAAAAUAAAUUUUCUAGGCAUUUAUGAACGUUUAUGUCGCUUCUAUGACCCUAAAGCAAUGCUUAACAAACAAGUAGUCUUUGAACUCCAUUGCCGUGAUUUUAUCAACCGGCACGCUAUUAGCGAUAAACACUAUUUGAGGGUAAAAGAUAAAUUGAAAAAAUAUAAAAAUUAA